AUGUUGCAGCGACUAUUACGGCCGCAGAGCGGUCUGGCAGCCAUUUCCAAAAAACCCUCGACCGGUCUCCCUCGCUUCCAGUAUCGCAGCCUCCAUCACGUUCCCCAAUUGACGCACGAGCGGAUUUUCAAAGAGCAUGGCAUUUCGGAAUUCAUGUCCCCCGAGGGAUUCGAUUUCGCCUGGACGCAGUAUCAAAGUCUGAUGGUGGAGAAGUUGAAUUUGAUGACACAAGAUACGGCCGAUGCGGAUCUUGAUACCCUCGCCCUCGUCAAAAAAUACGCAAAACGGCGCGAAACCGCCCAUCUCUUCAAUUAUGCCUCCAUGGCUCAUAAUAAUCAUUUCUUCUUCCACCGUCUUUCCCCCGUCAAAGUCCCAUUGCCCGAGAAAUUGUCCUCCGAUAUGAGUGACAGUGCCUCUUCACCAGAGUCUCUAAAACAGGACUUUCUGGCGGCCGCCAGCGCCCAAUUCGGACCUGGCUUUGUGUGGCUUGUGACCCAAAACCAAACCGGCUUGCUGAGGAUUCUCUCCACCUAUAACGCUGGAACUCCUUACCCUGAGGCCUUUGCCCGGCAGCAGGGAGUCGAUAUGAACACCGAGCCGGCCGCUCCCGCGUCGCAAAAAUUUAUUAGCUUCCUCGGUCUUCCCAUGUCCGGGGAAGGCAAUGCAGACCUCGCCCCGGGGGCGAUCUCAUUGACCCCACUACUUUGCGUUAACACCUGGGAACAUGCUUGGAUGAUGGAUUACGGCAUCAACGGAAAAGAUGAAUAUCUCGAGCGAUGGUGGGAUAGGGUAGACUGGAAUGCCGUGGAAGAUGCACACAAAGCUACGCGGGGAUACGGCGUGAAUGUGAACAAACGUCCUUUGUCGUACGCGAUUUAA